CACAAGCCCCCCUCUGAGACAGACCCAGACGGUUACAGCGGCAAGAAAAAAAGGAAAUGCUAAAUCCCUCAAAAUCCUGAACAGGAGACAAGAAUGGCGUCUGCUGGUGUUGGUGGUGUUAGACAUGUACUCUUAACAGGACCACCAGUCAUCGCUGCCGCCGCAAGCUGAGAAUUCUCCUGAUCAUCGUUAGAGCUACGUGGAAGAAGGUAACCUGAGUCUGGAGCUUUGGCAAUUUUCAAGAAACCUUUCAGCUGCAUUAUGGAGAUGAAAAACUGAACUGAAUUGGAGUUGGUCAAGUUUUAGUGUUCUACAAGAGCGGUACAUGUUGCGGAGACUAUCACGUUGAAAUUUGACACUGGAAUUUCUGCUUGCAUCGAGCAUUUCCGAGUAAGACUGUUGCACGCUUCGAGGCGCCGCCAUGCGUCGGAGCAGCUACCGUCCGAUCCUGUACCUCCAGUUCUUCCUGCUCUUCGUGGACCUGUUCGUGAACUCGUUCUCGGACCUUCUGCGGAUGGCCAACGUGAUCCAGCUGGUUCUCUACAUCAUCCAGGACGUGUGUCUGGUCUUCGCAGUCAUCGUGGUCUUCCUCGUGUUCUUCAACACCUUCAUCUUCCAGGCGGGGCUCGUCGGGCUUCUCAUCCGCAAAUUCAAGACCACGAUCAUCGUGACGCUGACGUACUUCGUGCUGUGCGUGGGGCUCCACGUGUGGGCGAUGUCGCUUCGCUGGGAGGACCCUAACCGCUACAUCUGGAACGAGGGCUUCCAGGCGAUGUUCGUGUUCCAGAGAGUCGGCGCCGUGCUGUACUACUACUUCUAUAAGCGGACAGCGCUGCGGCUGGGAGACCCCAGGUUCUAUCAGGACUCUGAUUGGCUGAGGAGAGAGUUCGCCAAAGUAGGCAGAUAGAAAUAGAAGUUUUAGGUAGCAUUUUUUUGAUAGGUGUAACAAAUUGUGUGUCUUAUUGAUAUACUAGUAGCAGUUACAGAUUUUCUGUGAAGUUUCUUCAUCUUCUCAACCUUCCGAAGUUCCCGCCUCUUUUGUAUCAUAACCUCCUGAUACUAUAUAUGUGUGAUAGUAACAUCAGCUGCUGUUCUAUACUUCUUCUACCAUUAUCUUGUCAUAUAGUAGUGAACAAAAAAAGUUACCUGAAAAGUGAAAACACACAAACUUGACAUAUCCCACUGACUGACCACUAUAUAACUUACACAAGUGUAACUAAAAGCCAAACAGUUGGUCGCUGGUAAUUAUUUCUAAACUUGGACCACCAUGCCAGCAAUGAAAUGUUUGUCAAGGAUAUAAAUUUAAUUCUUGUAAUUUGUAAGAAUGUCAUUGGUAGAAACCCUUUGUUGUCAUUUGUAGAGGAUUAGCAUUUUUGUAAUCUCCAAGCAGAUGUUAGGAGGCAAAAUUGAGAUGGUUUCCUUUGUACAGUUCGUAACAGAAACAGGAAGCUAGGGAAACACUAUCACAGUUUUGUCUUGAUGUGCUUGGAGAU